GGUGACUCGGAAGUUGUUCUUGGCAGACCGGAGAGUGAAAACAGUGGGUUGCAGUAAUGGAGCCGGACCUGUCAGACCGUUACGACAAUGCACUGCUGGGUAUCCUGCAACACGUGGGAAACGUCCAGGACUUUCUAAAUGUCUACUUUGGCUUUUUGUAUCGCAAGACAGACUUUUAUCGGCUGCUUUUGAGCCCCCAGGAUCGCAUGGGAUUCCCCCCAGGUACUGCACAGAACAUGGUGCUGCAGGCAUUCAAAACUUACGAGCGACUGGCAGUGCAAGACCACGAGCAGAAAAUGCAGGUUCUGCAAGAGAAGUUGAAAAAGAAGGAGGAAGGGUUGUCAGAGAGUGGCUCUGCUCCAGCAGCGGUGGAAGAAGUUCUCGUAGAAGAACCAGCAGAAGCGAUUCCAGUGAAGCCGGAGGAGCCUAAGGAACCCGAUUCACAAGAGGAAGCUGAGGCCAGUGGAAAUGACGCAGAGGACUCCGCUGCUAAACAACAGGACAAAGAGUGUUUCCAGAUGGAGUCGGACAGCUACAAUGGCGCCGUGAGGAAAAAUUACGCAUGGUCGCAGGAUUACUCGGACGUGGAAAUUAAAGUUCCAGUGCCUAAAGAUGUGGUGAAAGGCAGACAGGUGUCGGUGGACCUGCGCAGCACAUGUAUCCGAGUGGCAGUGAGAGACAGUCAAGACGAGCGUGUCUUGAUGGAAGGAAACUUCACUCACAAAAUAAAUGCAGAGACCUCCCUGUGGAGCCUGGAACCUGGGAAAUGUAUCUCGAUUAGUCUGAGUAAAUGCGGGGAAUACUGGUGGAAUGCAAUCUUAGAGGGUGAGGAAAAAAUCGACAUCGACAAGAUCAACAAGGAGCGGAGCAUGGCCGCAGUGGAUGACGAAGAACACGCCGUGUUGGACAGGCUCACGUUUGACUACCACCAAAAACUGCAAGGGAAGCCACAGAGUCAUGAGCUGAAAGUUCAUGACAUGCUGAAAAAAGGAUGGGAUGCAGAUGGUUCACCGUUCAAGGGGCAGAAUUUUGACCCGUCCAUGUUCAACAUUUCCCCGGGUGCUGUCCAGUUCUGACACCAGCAAAUAUUAAUCUGUCCCUCCUGGGGUCAAAGUUUACACGGUCACACCUGGGUGACCAGAGGGUCCUUCUAUCAUUACAGUUCACAUCCACGUAUGACAAUGUAUUUAAAUGCUUAUUUAAAACUGGUUUGUAAUUAUUUUUGAACUGGUAUUUGCCAGAGACGGGAGUUUCCCUGGAACAUUUCUUCCUCUGUUCAUUUUUAUUCUGUGAUCAAAAGUAGUGCAAAUCUUCUUGCCAUGUUUCCUCCGGUGAACAUACUCGGACCUUGUACUUUACACUUGGAAGCCAAGAUCACCAAGUCAAGAAUAUGAGGAAUAUAGUCACAUGCAAAAAUCCAGUAAGGCUACUUCUCCAUUGUGUUUGCAGUGUCCAUUUGCUUUAUGCUUUGGGAAAACAUAUUUCAAGUGUAUUGAUCGGCCCUUAGUCACUCGAUAGAGGCCAAAAGUGUCUCCUUUGGUCUAGUAUACGACCAUAACGUGUUUUUUUUUUGUUUUGUUUUUUACUGUGUGUAAUAGCACAGUCAUGCUGGGUUAUUCUAUACAGAAGCGUCCUCUAAAAACAUAUACUUUUUUUUUUUUAAUACAUGGAAGCCUUUCGCUGACAGAUGCCACUGUAUGCCUCGCCUCGGAGGUGUGCAUUAGGAAAUCAUCCUGAUGUAUACCUUGACUGUACAUACACAGCAAGUAAACUUCCUGCUUGUGCCUAAUGCAGAAAUUAUGUACAUGUAAGUGCCCUGUGUGAGCGUGUCCUCAUGUCUGGGUGAUAGAGAUAUAUA